AUGAGCGCUUGCGAGAAGGGGUCUCGCUGGCAGCUCGCCCUGAGCAUCUUCGAGCUGCUACCACGGAGAAGUCUGGAGAUGGAUGUGACCUCCGUCAACACCACCCUGAGCUCGUGCAUGAAGGGAUGGCAGUGGAAAAUGUCGUUGGAGAUCCUGUCUUACAUGCCCAAAGCAAAGCUGCUGCCGGAUAAAAUCAGCUAUAGCCUCAGCAUCGGUGCCUGUGGGAAGGAAGCGAAGUGGCAGCACUCCCUGCAGCUGCUGGAGUCCAUGCCGGAAAAGGAGGUGAUACCGGAUGCCAUCUGCUACAGCGUCGCCAUCGGCUCAUGUGCCCGGGGUGCUGAGUGGCAGCGGGCGCUGAAGCUUUUUCAUGGACUUCCCAGUGCCAGUUUCUGCCCAAGCAUCAUCACCUACAAUGAAGUCCUGACUUGCUUGCACACAGCCGAAGAGGUCAAAGAAAUGGGCUACGUCCUCUUCAAGCAGGCCAUGCGGCAGGGGUUCUACAGCCGCCUCCUCCACAAAGGUGCCCGGAAUCUCGAUGUUCACGAGAUGUCCCCAGGGGCGGCGGUCCUGGCUGUGAGGUGGUGGCUUUCCGAGGUCCUGCCCACUGUCCUCGGGAAAGAUCUCAGCCUCUGCCGUGUCAUCACGGGCUGGGGCAAGUCCCGCAAGGCCUGGCGGGACUCCGACGUCAAGGCAGCGGUCGCGCAUUUCCUCUCCGCGCGGGGCUUUGUGACCACAUCCCAGGAGUUACAG